AUGGUAUAUGGUAAUGAACGUGGUGGUGAUAUAGUUAACCAGACUGAGACAACAGAGAGCUUGUCUCAUCUGACCCUGGACCCUAACACAGCACAUCCUAAUCUCAUCUUAUCUGAGGACCUGACCAGUGUGAGACAUGGUGACAUUAGACAGCAGCUCCCUGACAACCCUGAGAGAUUUGAUUACUGUGUCUGUGUGCUGGGAUCUGAGGGAUUCACAACAGGGAGGCACUACUGGGAAGUGGGUGUGGGGAACAAGACAAACUGGGAUGUGGGUGUCACAACAGAAUCCAGCAACAGAAAGGGCAUCACAGUGUGCCCUGAGAAUGGAUACUGGGUUCUGUUCCUGAGGAAUGAGAAUGAGUACAUGGCAUGGGACUCAACAUCCAAGCGUCUAACCCUCACCGUGAAACCCCACAGGAUCGGCGUGUACCUGGACUAUGAGGGGGGACAGGUGUCAUUAUAUAAUGCUGAUAACAUGUCCCACAUUUACACCUUCACUGACACCUUCUCUGAGAGGGUGUACCCUCACUUUUCCCCUCAUCUUAGUAAUGAGGGUAAAAAUACAGAGCCGCUAAAGCUGUUUCACCUGAAAUUAUAAGUACUUGUCCACAUUCAGAGUUACCAGCAUGGCAACGGCUACAAUAUUUUACUGCCUUUACAAUACAUGUUCAGACACUGUAUACAAAAAAAUAAUUUAUUAUUGUAGAUCUGUUUAAAUAAUAGUAUUUACAUUCUAGAAGUUAAGAUAAGAUUGGUGCCCUAUUGUAAAUUUGCAACUUGAUACUGCAAAUCCCAAAACUCAGAAACUUUAAAUGCUAUUAAGCACAAGUAAUACUGAACUGCAAAAGUUCAUGUAACACAUUUAAUGCAUUUUUACAGGAGGUGAUCCUCCCUACAUCCAUGAUGUUGGCCAGCUGUGUCACCACAAUCCCUUAUUUAUAUAUACUAACUUUGAAAUUAAUUUUGCACUUAGUGUAUCUUUUUCCAUAACUGCUCUUAACUCUCUGCAGUUACAGGUAUUACACUUAACAUCCUCAGCCUUACAAUAAGAACCUGAUAGAGUACAGCUGGGGAUAAUUAGACAGUUACGUAAAGUAGGGUUAUGUAACCAUUCCUACUAAAUAAAUGUUAAUAUUGUCACAUCACAAGAGAUUAAACAAUGUUACCUAAUGUUACCUAACUCAGAAAAUAAUUACAUUAUAACUUAAAGUAAAGAUUUGUAAAUAAAAUAAUGAGAGUCUUGAUAUAAAUGUAGUUUCUCACGAGUCAUGUAUUACAGCUAUAGUAUAACACACACAGGAAGGAAACAAAAACGUCCCAUUAACUGUAUUUACAGACACAUGUUGCUUGUCAGUUUCUUUAACAUUGCGGGAAAAUGCAUUUCUGGCAUUCUGUAACUCCAUCAGCUAAAUGGAGCUUUGGACAGGAAAGAAAUGUUCUGAAGUUCUACACCACAAUGAAAUGCUGACUGCAAAAUGUAUUCAGAAAUUAAAAUGUAUUUGGGUGCACUAAGAUACAUUUUAUAAUUUCUUUUACAGAAAAAAAUGUUUAGAAUUAUCUAUACUAUCAGUAUAACUUGAUAUUUUUAUUAUUAGAUUUGAAGUUGUGUGGUGAUGCAUAUUUAUGUAAACUGAAUGCUUUUAAUCUUCAUUGAGAUUGCUUAACACUUUUUACAAGCAGAGUUAGAAAAUUCCUUUUGAGAGUUCAUAUUUACCAAUUUUUCAAAGAUCUGGAAAUGAAAUGAGUAAGAGGGAAUGACAUUUAAAAAAAAAUGUAGAUUUUGUCAGGCUGUGAAAGGAGGUUACCAGAACACACUAACUUAGGCAGUACUAUUACUAUAUCCCCUUGCACAUUGUGCUGUUCUCCAAACUGCAUCCCCUUGAAUUUGAAGUUGAGUAGCUGCUUGCUAGAAAUGUAACAAGCAGCUUGCUACAAUUAAAUCACCACUCAGAGAUCACUUCAGCUGUGGCUAGUAAUGUGGUUUCAGCCUUCAUUCAUCAACCUGCGGUAUCCUCUCAGCUUCAUAAAGCAAUGCUAUUCUGCACUUCCAUACCAUCAGCACCUACCAAUCACACCUCCUAACAGCUUGCACCUGGGACUGCUGCCCCCCACACCCACCCUUUACCUCUGCCCUAGUUAUGUCUAUGUAAUUGGUAGGUUGGCUUCUUGAUGCUGAAUGAUCUGUGCAGAUGAUGUGUUGUAGGAGAACUUUUGCCAGUACUACUACUCAGAAUUGUUGAAGUGCAUGACAUAAUAUUUGUUGUUAAUACACUAAAUAAAGACAUCUUAGUUUCCUGUACACCAAGACACUCUGUACCUCGGAUGUGUUAUUUGCUCAUAUUUUUUCAUUAUGUCACUAUUUAGUAGCAUUCAAACUUUCCACCUCCACUUUUUGUCAGACAGACUCAAGGUAUAUGAAUUUGUUUUCAGAAGGAUGAGUUAGCGACCUGAUGCAGUGAUAUGUAAAAUUGCCCUAGCAGCCAAGGUGGUCACUUGCCUUACCACUCAGAUUAGUGUGGCAUUAUUUAUACUUUUCAUCAUUAAAAAAAUCAGUUUCAGAUGCACUGCACAAUAGAAUGAAGGGGUCAGACUAUAGUCUGACUAAUGCUGACAUUAGACAGUAUACAUAGUUACCUUCUACACUUUUUAAAGAAUAUUUCCACAUGCUUUGAACAGCAGAGGGUUGUUGGGGCAUCUGUGUCAGAGUAGUAGUAUUAGGGUGUAUUCCUCAUGUCUCAUUUCUGUCUAUGUGAAGACUGCAUUUCUUUCAUGGCUGCAUGAAUUUUCUCUGGCUACACUUCUCUCUUAUCUCUCUUCAAAAAAAAAAAAAAAAAGAAUGCAGAAUGAAUAACAAGCUACUAUACUAUACAAUUUUUCUAUAAUAUACACUGUAUUUAUUCUUGGCCUUAAAGAGGGCAAGUGGAAAUGCAAGUCUCCACCAUCAUAGCUGAUGAAUAAAAGGUAUCUGAAAGGUUUCAUUCCCUUACCAUGUUAACAACAAACAAUUAAACUUUGCUUGCCCUUAGCGUAACUCUAGAGUACCUUGGGACAUGAGCUGUACACAGGGAAGUCAAUGCGUUCAGACUCACCAUGAUGCCCCUUAUCCUGGUAUAGGCUUGAAGUAAGAGGUGAACCACACAUAUGGGAUGCACACUUCCCUGGCUAUAGUUAUUGGGAAUUGUAUAGUACAUUGGACCUCAUAUAAAUGUGGAUACAGAAUAGCAAAUGAUGUGGCUAUGCAAGUAUAUAUAAAGUGGUGUGCUGCUCAGUAACCAGAUCAGUGUUUAUUUAUUAUUUUAUCAUUCAUGUGGUCUAACAUAAUUUUAGAUAGAUAAUUUUGUUUAUAAGUGGGUUGUGGGAGCACCUACUUUUUAAGAUUGAGAAUGUGAGCUUUAAGGUGGUUUGCUAUACUCCUUUACAAAUAGAAUUAGCUGUAAAAAGUAGCAGACAAGUGCGGCAUCAGUUAUCAAAUCCAAUGCACAGUGACUGUUACCAUGUAAGCAUCACACAUCCAUUGUCUGUACAUGUCAAAUGUCACAGAAAUAUCAAAUUAUCCUGCUGGCAAAACAUGUUGACAAAUACGGAGAAAAAUUAAUAGUAGUCUUCACUAUUGCCCACAUGUUAGAUAAAGUCUUGCUUCACACUUUAAUCAGUGACAAUUUUUAGCAUCUCAGUCAUGGCCUUACUUAAGUGGUGUGUUCUUCAUAAAGUGAUGGUUUGAUAAUGGCUUCAACAAAAAUAUAUUACCAUGAUUAUGUUUAAAAAUGAACUUCAGAUUUAUAUAGGAGCUUUCAUGCAUACUGCUUCAUUUAAUGACUUUUACACUAAACAAAUGUCUGCUAUGCACAUUAUAUACCAUGACAUAUCCCACCUCCAAAUGUACUUGUUCUAUUAUUUUAAGAAUAAGCACUGGUCAGCAUAUUAUAUCUUUGUUCCUUUUCCUAUGGUCUUUCAAUGUUAUCUUCACUCAGGUUAUGUAUAACUACAGGUAUGUCCUUCCUAGUGUACCGACCAGGAUAACACAGACUGGUUAUUGUGCUCAUACCUGUGUUUGUUAUUUGCCUUGUUUUGGGUUUGUUGGUUUAUAGUUCUGUUAGAACUCAGAAACAUACACCUGUGACGGGUUGAUUUGAAUUUCUCCCAUCGUAAUAAGGGCUCUGUUUUGAGUUGGACAGUUAUGGGACUCCUGGUGAUAUUGACUGUCUGAGAAUGUGAAAUAAAACAGAAACUGCAGAGUCUGUGUUGUCACUGCAUGGUAGGGCAUCAGCAUUUUCUCAUUGCACUUUUGAGUAUUUCAUGAACCGAGCACUGUGCAUUGUAAUUCUCCUUCUCAUGUCUGCUAUGUCAUACCUAUAUAAAGGUGAUCUUUUGUAGUGUUUCAAACUGAGAAACAUGGGACUUUUCAGAGUAUCUUACCACUGUACAAUUUACCUACUCUUUUGGACUGUUGCUUCAUUUUGUUUUGCACAGUUCUGAAAAUGCAGAAAUGCAGGGUCAUCCAUGCAGCAGAAUUCUACAUUGUGAAUUUCAGAAAACUCUCAUUGCUUUGCUGGAAAAACAUCAUUUUCACUGCUGUUUCAGGCAUAAUCAGAACAUGUGCUGCCAAUAUUGCUUACUCCACCAACCACCACCAUCAACAACAUGCCAGGCAGUGAAUGUUCUUGUUGUAGGAUAGUGCCAGGCAGUGAAUGUUCUUGCUGUAGGAUAAUGCCUCUGUCUGCUGAUUUCUGUAUUAUAACAUUCUGUUAUCUUCAACUUGUAUGUUCUCUGUUCUCUGCAUUUUCAGUGCUCGGUCUACUGAUCAUGUAAUUAUCCACUUAGUUUCUUCAAUUCAUUAAAGUGAUUUCUUAGA